AAGAAGUGGCGGCACCCGGCGCUUAUAGGGCCCGGAAUGGGGUGCCGCCGCCGCCUAGUCAGCUCUGCGUCCGCUGUGGCUCGGCCGCUGCCGCGCUGUCGUCGCGGCGCCCCCGCCCAGUCCUCCGUCCGCACCGCCCCUGGAGCCGGCCGGCCGGGCCGGGAGCCAGGGCCCAGUCCCCGCCAUGCCGGCCUGGCGGCUGUUGCUGCUGCUGCUGGCGCUGCUAUUGCCCGGCCCCAGGAUUUUUGGAAACACCAGCACAGUGACACUGCCUGAAACCUUGUUGUUCGUGUCAACGCUGGAUGGGAGUUUGCAUGCUGUCAGCAAGAGGACAGGCUCCAUCAAAUGGACUUUAAAAGAAGACCCAGUGCUGCAGGUUCCGACACAUGUUGAAGAGCCUGCCUUCCUCCCAGAUCCCAAUGAUGGCAGCCUAUAUACACUUGGGGGCAAGAAUAAUGAAGGCCUAACGAAACUUCCCUUUACCAUCCCAGAGUUGGUACAGGCAUCCCCAUGCCGAAGUUCAGAUGGAAUCCUCUACAUGGGUAAAAAGCAGGACAUUUGGUAUGUCAUUGACCUCUUGACUGGUGAGAAGCAGCAGACUUUGUCAUCAGCCUUUGCUGAUAGUCUCUGCCCAUCAACCUCUCUUCUGUAUCUUGGACGGACAGAAUACACCAUCACCAUGUAUGACACCAAAACCCGCGAGCUCCGCUGGAACGCCACCUACUUUGACUAUGCAGCCUCGCUGCCCGAGGACGACAUGGACUACAAGAUGUCCCACUUUGUGUCCAAUGGUGAUGGACUGGUGGUGACUGUGGAUAGUGAAUCUGGGGACGUCCUGUGGAUUCAAAACUAUGCCUCCCCAGUGGUGGCCUUCUACGUCUGGCAGCGGGAGGGUCUGAGGAAGGUGAUGCACAUCAAUGUUGCUGUGGAGACCCUGCGCUACCUGACCUUCAUGUCUGGGGAGGUGGGUCGCAUCACCAAGUGGAAGUACCCGUUCCCCAAAGAGACGGAGGCCAAGAGCAAACUGACGCCCACCCUGUAUGUUGGGAAGUACUCCACCAGCCUCUAUGCCUCUCCCUCGAUGGUGCACGAGGGGGUUGCCGUUGUGCCCCGUGGCAGCACCCUUCCUUUGCUGGAAGGCCCCCAGACUGAUGGUGUCACCAUUGGGGACAAAGGGGAAUGUGUGAUCACACCCAGCACGGACCUCAAGUUUGACCCUGGACUGAAAGGGAAGAACAAGCUCAACUACUUGAGGAAUUACUGGCUCCUAAUAGGACACCAUGAAACCCCACUGUCUGCAUCUACCAAGAUGCUGGAGAGAUUUCCCAACAAUCUGCCCAAACAUCGGGAAAAUGUGAUUCCUGCUGAUUCGGAGAAAAAGAGCUUUGAGGACGUAAUCAACCUGGUUGAUCAGACUUCAGAAAAUGCACCAACCACCAUGUCUCAGGAUGUGGAAGAGAAGUUGGCUCGUGCCCCUGCCAAGCCCGAGGCCCCUGUGGACUCCAUGCUCAAGGACAUGGCCACCAUCAUCCUGAGCACCUUCCUGCUGGUUGGCUGGGUAGCCUUCAUCAUCACCUACCCCCUGAGCAUGCAUCAGCAGCAGCAGCUCCAGCACCAGCAGUUCCAAAAGGAACUGGAGAAAAUCCAGCUCCUGCAGCAGCAGCAGCUGCCCUUCCACCCACCUGGAGAAUUGACCCAGGACGCCGAGCUCCUGGACACAUCAGGCCCCUACUCGGAAAGCUCAGGCACCAGCAGCCCCAGCCCAUCUCCCAGAGCUUCCAACCACUCGCUGCACUCUGGCAGUUCUGCCUCCAAGGCUGGUGCCAGCCCCUUCCUGGAGCAGGAUGAGGAAGAUGAGGAAACCAGCAUGGUGAUGGUUGGGAAAAUUUCAUUCUGUCCCAAGGAUGUCCUGGGCCAUGGAGCUGAGGGCACCAUUGUGUACCGGGGCAUGUUUGACAACCGUGAUGUGGCUGUGAAGAGGAUUCUCCCUGAGUGUUUCAGCUUUGCAGACCGUGAGGUCCAGCUGUUACGAGAAUCAGAUGAGCACCCAAAUGUGAUCCGUUACUUCUGCACAGAGAGGGACCGGCAGUUCCAAUAUAUUGCCAUUGAGCUGUGUGCAGCCACCCUGCAGGAGUAUGUGGAGCAGAAGGACUUCUCCCACCUUGGCCUAGAGCCCAUCACCUUGCUGCAGCAGACCACCUCAGGCCUGGCACACCUCCACUCGCUCAACAUUGUUCACAGAGAUCUGAAGCCUCACAACAUUCUCCUCUCCAUGCCCAAUGCACACGGCAGGAUCAAGGCCAUGAUCUCUGACUUUGGCCUCUGUAAGAAGCUGGCGGUGGGCCGGCACAGCUUCAGUCGCCGUUCCGGGGUGCCUGGCACCGAAGGCUGGAUCGCCCCAGAGAUGCUGAGCGAAGACUGCAAGGAGAACCCCACCUACACAGUGGACAUCUUCUCUGCAGGCUGCGUCUUCUACUACGUCAUCUCUGAGGGCAGCCACCCCUUUGGCAAGUCCCUGCAGCGGCAGGCCAACAUCCUCCUCGGCGCCUACAGCCUUGAGUGCUUCCACCCAGAGAAGCACGAAGAUGUCAUUGCCCGCGAGUUGAUAGAGAAAAUGAUUGCCAUGGAUCCCCAGCAGCGGCCCUCAGCGAAGCACGUGCUGAAACACCCUUUCUUCUGGAGUCUGGAAAAGCAGCUGCAGUUCUUUCAGGACGUGAGCGACCGAAUAGAAAAGGAGUCCCUGGAUGGCCCGAUAGUGAGGCAGUUAGAAAGAGGCGGGAGAGCGGUGGUGAAGAUGGACUGGCGGGAGAACAUCACCGUCCCCCUCCAGACAGAUCUACGUAAAUUCAGAACUUACAAAGGUGGCUCCGUCAGAGAUCUCCUUCGAGCCAUGAGAAAUAAGAAGCACCACUACCGGGAGCUCCCAGUGGAGGUGCGGGAGACGCUGGGCUCCCUCCCGGACGACUUUGUGCGCUACUUCACCUCGCGCUUCCCCCACCUCCUCUCGCACACCUACCGGGCCAUGGAGCUGUGCAGCCACGAGAGACUCUUCCAGCCCUACUACUUCCAUGAGCCCCUGGAGCCUCAGCCCCCACUGACUCCAGAUGCCCUCUGACCAGGGCAGUCCCUCCAUUGUGGUGGCCCAGCUGUGACUGCAGACCUGGUCUCCGCAGUCCAGAGCUUGAUGCCUCCCAGCUUAGCAGGGAGACCAGGCUUCCCAAACCAAGUGCCUUGAGCUGCCCACUCUGCAGCCAGCAGAGGAUUAUGCUGACCCCAGGAAGUGGGAGAAGUGACCCUCAUGACCUAUAGGGAGU